UUUCCAUCACUACGCUCCCCGUUUCUCCAACGCUCGCCUGUGCUGAAGGAUCUGGUUUCACACACCUGUUGGCUGUGCAUCCAAACGGCGUGCUGUGCAGCUCCACAAGACUGUGUGUCUGCUGCUGUUUUUAAUAAAGCAGUUUUUGUUCCAAAGAGAAUGGAUCUUGAAGUCCGGAAUUCAAGGAGUUGGAUGAUAGAGUCCUGAAGGGAUGCCUGUGUCAUGGGCACAGAGCGCGAGGAGAACGAGCAGACGAGCGGAGAUGAUGAUGCAUCUCAACAGGACGCUGCCAGUAUUGCAGAUGUGUCUGUGGAGGUGGCCACGGUCGACCACACUCUGCAGAAGAUCUGCAGGAAGUACAGGAAGACCAGACGGAAGCCCAAGGGACUCAAGAGGCUGUUGGCUUAUCUGUUGAACAUCCCGCACCUCGCCGUCAUCAUCACAGCCGUGGUGUUUGUGGUGGUGGUCAUCAUGUGGUCGCUGCUGUGGGUCUACAUUUUUCGCAGGGAGAGCGACAGUGGAGCUUAUUUUGCCGGGAUGUUCCGUGUUGCCAACGUGGAGUUUAUCCCCGAGUACCGUCAGGAAGAGUCCAAUGAGUUUGCAUCCAUGGCAAACAAAAUACAGCAUGUGGUGAGCGAUGUGUACAAGAUGUCCUCGGUGGCCAGACUCUACAAGCACGCUGUCAUUUCAGACCUCAGUAACACCAACAAGGGUGGUGUGCUGGUUCACUUCUGGAUGGUGUUUGUGGUGCCCCGACUAAAGAGCCCCGCAGUGUGUGAGGAGUGUGUGGGUGCCAUUUUCAGAGACUCGGUCCACACCAGCAUGAAGAACAGGUCCAAUGUGGGCUACCUGCUCGGUCUCCCUGUGGACUUGGACUCCAUCCUCAUUAAUGCUGUUCAGCGUUCAGAUUAUACAUCAGGAGCAGGCUCAGAGUGUGUAGAUAAGCUGUAUGCCAACCUUCCUGGAGCGAGUGUCCCUCUAAACGUCUUCUCUUCAUGGGGUGGUGUGAGCUGUCACGUGAAACUCACCUCUUUCCCCGGCUCCCUGAUCCGCCUGACCGUCACCUCGUUCCUCAUCGAGCCCAGCGACUGUGUGAGUGAUGCCCUGACUGUGUACGAUGCCCUGCUGCCCAUGAGAGGGCGCAUUCUGCACAGGCUGUGUGAGCCAGUGUCCAGAUCCUUCUCCCUGGUGUCUACCUCCAAUGUCAUGCUGCUGUCCUUCAGAAUGACUAAUGGCAACAAGAGCUUCAGAGGAUACUUUGAGGCAAUUGCUGAUGAAAUGUGUAUGUCUCAAAUUGAGACCCGCUCAGAGCCUGACAUCACAGGUCAGAUCUACAGCCCCUUCUACCCCAGCCUACUGCCCCCAAAGUGCUCCUGCACCUGGAGGUUUGAGACCCCUAACAGUGCGUUAGGAGUUGCUCUGCAGUUUCAGAACUAUGUGUUGAAACCAAAGGACCUGAAGGGCUGUGACCAAGGCUGGUGGAAAGUUAAUGAAGUCAUUUUCUGUGGCAGCUACGUGGGACACCGCACGGUGUUUCGGAUUGCUGACCACAUCCUAGAGGUGGAGUUUCGCUGCAGCUCACGUAACUCUGUUCAGGCUUUUCAGGCAUCUUACAGCAGCUACAAUAUCAGCCAACCCUGUCCAGAGAGCCACUUCCUGUGCUCCACAGGACUGUGUGUGGAGAAGAGCCGUCGCUGUGACGGCCUGGACGACUGCCAGGAUGAGAGUGACGAGGUCUUCUGUUCGAGGCCAACAAAGAACUGUGCUGGCAACAGUCCUCUGCAUCCUUUGUUUGUGUGCAAUGGAGAGACAGACUGCGAAAAUGGAAUAGACGAGAUCAACUGCACUCAGGAAGCGACCUGCUCUGCCAUCAGGUAUCAAUGCAACAGUGGCUCCUGCAUCCUGAAGAAGAACGCAAAGUGCGAUGGUGUUCCUGACUGCAGGGACCGCAGUGAUGAAGCCGACUGUGCCUGCGGUCGUCCCUCCAUGGUGAAGAGGGUGGGUUCAUCGACAGGAGCUGAGCGCAUCGUGGGUGGAGUUAACUCUGUGGAGGGCGAGUGGCCGUGGCAGGUCAGCCUCCACUUCUCUGGUAACCUGUACUGUGGCGCCUCUGUCCUCUCUGCUGAUUGGCUCAUCUCAGCAGCACACUGCUUCAGCAAGGAAAGGCUGUCAGAUCCACGUUACUGGAGCGCCCACCUCGGCAUGCUGACGCAGGGCAGUGCCAAACACGUGGCAGAAAUCCAGCGGAUCGUGGUGCACGAGUAUUACAACGCGUACACGUUCGACUAUGACAUCGCCCUGCUGCAGCUGAAGAAGCCUUGGCCUCCCACCCUCAGCCCGCUGGUGCAGCCCGUAUGCCUGCCUCCUCACUCCCACACUGUCACCGGCAGCCACCGCUGCUUGGUCACCGGGUGGGGGUACCGCUCCGAGGAUGACAAAGUGCUGCCCUCAGUGCUGCAGAAAGCAGAGGUUUCUCUUCUGAGCCAGACUGAGUGUAAGAAGAGCUACGGACCCGUGUCUCCACGCAUGCUGUGUGCCGGGGUCGCCUCUGGAGAGCGGGACGCCUGCAGGGGCGAUUCAGGUGGUCCUCUGUCCUGUCAGGAGCCAGGAGGGGGUCGCUGGUUCCUGAUUGGCAUAGUGAGCUGGGGGGUGGGCUGUGGUAGGCCAAACCUGCCCGGGGUCUACACCAGGGUCAACAAGUUCACCUCCUGGAUCUACAGCCAUAUCAGUAUUGUUGCAUAUCGCCUCUCCGGAGCUGAACGGGACAGUGCCAUGAGGACUCUCCCCAAAAGCAAGACUUGCGAGGUGUACUGCGUCUCCGGGCAUGGACACUCAGGCUGCUCCGCGGCGCAGGGAGAGGUGGAGUUGAAGGAGCCCACCCAGUCACCGAGCCCCCCCACGAAGCCUGAGGUGGAGGGGGGGCCGCAAGCUCCAGCCUGUGGCUCCUGGAGGAGAUGGAUGUUGGGUGUCCUGCCUUUCUUUCCCUUCGCUGCCGCCAUUGCACUGACCCUCCACUUCUUAACAUCUCCACCUUCCUCAGUGUUCUUCCUCGGCGGCAGCGUGGAGUUCCCAAACCUGAGCUUCACCUCAGAGCUGACUGACUCCACCUCCCCUCAGUUCCGCCUGCAGGCUCAGGCUUUGAACCAUUAUAUCUCAGAGCUCUACGAGUCCUCCCCAUGGAGCUCUUACCACCUGCACUCAGGAAUUACUGCCUUCAGUGAAGGAGCAGAAGGGCUCAACGUCUUCUACUGGAGUAAAUUCUCCGCCCCGGACGACGUUGCCAUGGCGAUCCGGAGGUCCAGCCCACAGAGGCUGCAGCGCAGGCUCCCUGGCAGCAACAAGGUGCUGCGGGACAGCCGCAACCAGCAGAGCUAUUACAUGGAGCGGGACGACAACAUGCUCCACCUGCUGGGUUUGGACCCUGAUGACUAUGAAUCAGAUGAAAAAUCUGACAAGAGUAAAAAUCCAAACAGCAUCCAGAGUGGGAAGUGGCAGCUUGGCUUCCAAGCAAUGUCCUUUGACCUCUAUGCCAAGUAUGGCAACAACCGCACCCUGAGCCUCGUGAGUCCCAAGAAGCCAUACUACCAGUGGCGUCUCCGUGUGCCAUCGGGUCAUGUGGUUCGACUUGUCGUCCUCACCCUGCACGGCGCCACGCCUGGAAGCUGCACUGCUCACAAGCUCUCGGCGUAUGACUUCUUGCUUCCGUUACAGAACAAGAUAAUCGCCAGGUGGUGUGGGCUGCCUGUUUCGGGUUCGUCACCUGUCAUGAAGUUGACGUCCUCCGGGAACGUGAUGUUGGUCACCUUCUCGUUCAGCAGGCAGAGGGAUGGAGCAGUCUUCAAAGCUUACUUCCAAGCCAUCCCAAAAGCAGGAUGUGGAGGGUCAAUUUCCUCCUGGAACGGCUCGAUUACCUCACCCUACUACCCCUCCUAUUACCCUCCUAACAUAGACUGCACCUGGACAGUACGGGCACCCGUACCGGGAUACCUGAUCUCCAUGACGAUCGUGAUGAUGGACAUUCAGGAUUCCUCGUCGUCAGACGGCUGUGAGAAAGACUGGCUGGAGAUCGGAGGGCUCAAACUGUGUAAUCCAGUGUCAGACAGCAGCAAAAAGCGAGUCUACUCCUCUCCUGUCUCCCUCCACUUCCAUUCAGAUGAAUCCCUCACUCACAAGGGCUUCUACCUGCUCUACCGAGCCUUCUCUCCAGAGGGCACCUGUCCCCGCCAGUUUCGCUGUGGAGACGGACGCUGCAUCCCUCUGAGGAAGGUGUGUGAUGGAGUGAAAGACUGCUCAGACGGACGGGACGAGGCUAGAUGCUCAUCCUGCAGGCCAGGAGAAGUGUUGUGUGGGAACGGUCAGUGUCGGCCUCAAAGCAGCCAGUGUGUGAGUCACAGCAGCUGUGCAGACAGCAGUGAAGAGGGCACCUGUGGGGGUAAGUGUUACCACGUGUGUCCUAACAAAGUCUGUUUGCCGAAGUCUUCAGUGUGUGACGGUAUUAUUGACUGCAAAGACCGCAGCGAUGAGCUCAACUGUACCAGAGCGUAUGUUAAAGGUUGCUCCUCAUCCUCGUACAAAUGUGCCAAUGGAAAGUGUGUAAGUAAGGUUAACCCCGAGUGCGACGGAGUCAAAGACUGCUAUGACAGCUCUGAUGAACUGCGCUGCGCCUGUGGCACCAGGCCCAGGAAGCGUACUAAGAUAGUGGGUGGCUCUGACGCCGGAGCAGGGUCAUGGCCAUGGCAGGUCAGCCUCCAGAUGGAUCGCUACGGCCACGUCUGUGGAGCAACGCUGGUCUCCAGCCGCUGGCUCAUCUCUGCAGCUCACUGCUUCCAGGACUCAGACGCCAUUAAAUAUUCGGAUGCUCGUGCGUGGCGGGCCUACAUGGGAAUGCGUACGAUGACUACGGGGAAUAACGGAGCAUCCACCAGGCCGAUCCGCCGGAUCCUCCUCCACCCGCAGUACGACCAGUUCACCUCUGACUAUGACAUCGCCCUUCUCGAGCUCGGUGCUCCUGUCUUCUUCAAUGACUUGGUGCAGCCUGUGUGCGUCCCCGCGCCCUCACACACUUUCACAACGGGAACCAGCUGCUACGUCACCGGCUGGGGAGUUCUCAUGGAGGAUGGUGAACUGGCCUCUCGCUUACAAGAGGCCUCAGUGAAGAUCAUCAACAGGAACACGUGUAACAAGCUGUAUGAUGACGCCGUCACUCCCAGGAUGCUGUGUGCUGGGAACCUGCAGGGAGGGGUCGACGCCUGUCAGGGUGAUUCAGGAGGUCCGUUGGUGUGUCUGGAGCGAGGCAGGCGGUGGUUCCUGGCGGGGAUCGUGAGCUGGGGUGAGGGCUGCGCGAGGCUCAACCGUCCAGGCGUCUACACACAGGUGGUCAAGUUCACUGACUGGAUCCAUCAGCAGACUAAAGGACAGGUGUGACUGAACACCUGACUGACACGAACAAAACUGACAGACAAAAGGUUUCAGACCUGGACUCCGUCUUCAGGCUGUCGUCAUGAUCGCAUGACAACACCUUCAGUCAGUUUUUUUGGGAGCGUGUCCAUGGCGACAGGCUAGCUGGGGGGCUUCAUCAUCCGUGCUCUAAACCAAACAACUUCCUCAUCCAAACAUCAACAGUGGCUAUGUUGACAUGCACGAAAAAAUCAGUACUUAACUUGGUUAUUUAAGCAGCUACAAGGAGUUUUGAAUUCCCCGGUAGAGCGCAGGUGAAGACACAAGUGGAGCUUGGUCGGCCAUUCAACAGAUGGAGAGAAUUUUCUUUAUCAGUAAAAUUACUAUUACCAAGCAACAAAUUUUUUGUAGUUUCCUUGUUGUGGGCUUUCAUGUAACCCAGGUGCAGGAAGAGAAGUCAAACAAAGUUCACGCCGUCUCACAAUCGUCAUAUUACAGUUAUAAUAUUACAAAUGAUCAAGAUCUUUACAGCAGAGAACAGUGACACUCAUGAAAAUGCAUUCUUCACUCUGGGAAUCACUACCGAUUUUGUCCACAGGAGCCGCCAAAUCCCACACAAAAUUGGAGCUCCUUGCAGUUGCUUUAAAUAAACCUGGUUUUGGUCCAGAUCUUUGAAUCCAUCCACUUCACAGAGUUAACUGAUGGUGUUAAUAAGGUGACAGUCAAGUUUGGUAUUUGACAUGGAAUCCAUAGAAUUUGACUCAUUCCUUAUGAAAAUUAAAGUAUCAACCCAAUCAAGAUGCAAGAUGGCAAAACAUAAAAAACACUGCUGGGUUUGAGUUUUCACUUUCUGCACACACUCACUGGUAUGAGCAAGGUUAUGUUGGUCAGUGCUGCUUACUGUACUUAAGUAUUGGGAUUCCUCUGUAUUGGAAGAAACAUACUUAGUACACAGUAUUUUUUUGUUACAAGAAAGUAAUAAGACAACGUUGGUAAAAAAUCAGGUUAUUACAAAUACCACUUCCUGAAGCAACACGGAACCGUGUAUUUAUUUUUAUUUCUCUGGAGACUCCUAUUCAUGAUCAUCACCUUAUUUUCACUUCCUCCAUGUUUUUACUCUUCACUUCCUGUUAUCUGAAGCAUGUUCUGAGUUGUUGUUGGAACAUCAAUCCAAAUCCAAACAUUUUUUUUUUUUAAAAAGCAAAGAGACUCUAUUGUUAUUGCGGUAACAAUCUGUUGCGCUCCACAGGUUCAACAGCGAUAUAGUGUGUUUAAGUCUCCUCAGUCAGGUGGACAGGUCAGUACCUGCUCUCGUGGAUAUCGGGCCUCAGAGGAGAUUUGAGGUUUUGCCAAAGUACGACCAUUAGCCAGGUCGUUCUGUGCAUGUAAAUGUAGCCAGUGACUGUUCCUGUUUCAGUUCACCACAGAGUUGGUGACCAGGUCGACUGUUGCCAACAAAAUACACGUCAGCCCUUUUUACUGACCGUGGAAAGAGUUCUCUCCCCUUGUGUAUAUUGUUGCCUUCGUCUAUGUCUAUGUCCAUGUACUGUAUAUGCGUGUUCAUGACUCACUGUGUGUGUUUAAGAGUUGUCAUUGUACUGUA